UUGACAUCCAGCUUUUACCAUGGAAACUAACUAUAUAUCGCGAGGGCUUCAACACCUUCUGGGUAAUUGACAAACUACUACCAUUAAAGGGUCUACUCAACUUCUUCAGUUUUGACUCCGCAUCGUGAACCACCACACUGGCCGCCCUUGUGAUUUAUUAGUGCUUUGUUGGACAAAUUGAGUUAAUUUUAGCCCAGCCUGCAGGGCCGCAGGCUGAAUCAUGCAAAUAGCUGUUUGUCAUAGGCUGCUAUUUGGGCUUUUUGCGCGCCGUGAUUGGCUAAAUAUCCAGGACAAAAGAGAAAUACUUGUUUGAACCAACAAUGUGGAAGAAAAACCUACGAUCUAGAGGGCCCGUGAUUGGGAAUCCCGUGCUACUAACUACUACGCUCGACAAUACGACGCUGCAGACCAUGACGACUCUCAAUUCUCCCACUAACCCUCAGGGCCACCCCGACUACAACCAGCGUGAUCGCGACGAUGGCCCAGGCCUACCACCAUUGCCGUUUAAGCCGAUGGAGCCGGAUUCGCGCAGAUCAAACCUCCCUUCCCGAUCGCCAAUACCAUCUUCUAUAUAUUCAAAACGCGAUUCCCAUGUAGAAGGCAACAUGUCGUCAGCCGAUUAUAACGUGCCUCCAAGAAGAAGAAAUUCCCAGGUCUAUCAACCGGAGUUCCGCGAGAGCCAAUAUACCGAUAUUUCGCCGCCAGAUUCUCCUGUAUUUGCGCCCACUGGCCAUCAUGAGAGUCCUGACGUAUCUCCCAUAGACGAUGACCCUCCGCGGUUUCCGCCUCCAAGAGCGCCUUAUAGAGAACCUCUUAGAGAAGGCGGGCUCCAGAGUGCUGUGCCCAUAACGUUCAAAGAUGUUAAUCGCAAACCCAGCGCAGUACACGCGCCAUCUCAAUCACAUGCAUCGUCUCCGCCAUCUACAACCUUAAAUCCAAUAUCUCCGAGCCAGGCAUCGAACCGGCGUACGAGAUGGGACGAUUUUUCUGGAGAACCCACUCACGACGAGAAAGACAAGGUAGCGCAAGCCAGGCCCGGAGCCGUUGUUCCUCAGCAGGGUCCGACGAUCAAACAAUCAUCUAAACAAGGGUUUAAUCUUCUAGCCAAAGGGAAAGAGUUGAAUCAAGCGAGGAGGAAGUUGAUGGAGGGGCGCCGCCACGCUGAUAAGAAUGAUAAAGCUGAUCCCGCUCAGUUACCCCGCCCUCGAGAGCCAUGGAAAGGUGCAAGCGGACGAGCAGCAAUCGUUAAACCCAUAGAUACCAAGAAAACACCCCAACCACAACCACCGCUAAGUAUUCAAACCCAACCUCGCAAAUAUAGUGCCUCUGGUGUAGAACGCAAACCGCUCCCUCGCAAUGAUGCCGCUAGCGGACAUGCCCCUCUUACGGUAUCUAAAUCGAGAGACGCAGGCAGUGUGCCUGAUGACCCAACCAUUAAACCCAUUGUUCCAUUAAAAGCAGCCAACAACACCCCAGCAUCUACCAGAAUUCCUUCAACUCCUGCUUCUCAUUCCGUAAACAGCGGGACACCAGCACAAUCCGAAACCCCUCGGGCAACACAACCCGAAGCUCCCAACUGGGACUUUACUGCCAGGCUCCAAAACAUAACUUUAGAACAACAGCUAUCGAGCCGUUUCAGCGCGACUACAUAUGCAACAACUGAAGCACCAAGCAGUCCUCCUGGAACACCACGCGCUCAAACAGCUGAUAAAGACGCCCCGGCCCUCCCUGCCGUUCAUACGGAAAGGACAGAAACUAUAUCAUCACGAACCUUCGUCAAAGCCACUAGGCGCAAACCAACACCAUCAGAAAUCACAACAUCAUCCGCAAAGACACUACCCCGCAGCCCUCCCGAGAUGGAAGCCGAAAACCGCAUCGAGGCAAUGGAGGCUCGGCUCAACGACCUCGGCCAGCGCAAGGCGAAUAUUAACACGAUCCUCCAUGAGUUGACGCAGGUGAUACAACCCAGCUCCAUCGCGUAUGACCUGGCGACGAGGAGCGAGGUCAAGAAAUCGGUCAGCAGCUUGAACAAUGAACUUACGGAGAUUAGGAAGGAGGAACAUGAUGUGGGGAUGAAGCUUAUGAGGGCGAGGAAGAAGCAGGAUCAAGAUGAUUAUUAUCAACCGUCGAGUAUCUGGGUUAAACGAGUUACUGAGGAUUACUGAGGAAUUUGUUGGCUCCCCCUUAACCAUGUUUCAUUAUUCCUUCUUUCCUUCUUGAUUCUCGUUUGCACUCCAACCCGCCCUCGAACCGGCUUUCUUUUUCUGGUUCUUUUCUUUUGCUUUGCUUUUCUCUCUCUCUCUCUCUCUCUCUUUUUUUUUUU